GGGGCAGCGGGGCCGGAGCCGGUCGGGGCCGGGCGGCGGGGCCGGGUCCCCCCGCAGGGCGCGAUCCGCGGAGCCCCCGGGGGGCGGCGGGACCCCCGCGCAGCAGCUCCGAUGUCGGCGCAGGAGCCGCCCCGGCCGCCCCCGGCCGAGCCCCCGGAGCCCGAGCCCGGCGGGCGGUACGAGGCGGUGGUUCCGCACUGGUUCUACUGCAAGGUCACGGACUCGCGGGAGCGGUGGGUCCCCUUCAGCGCGCAGGACUCGGAGCGGCUGGAGGAGGCGCACGGCGCAGGGAAGGACCAGGAGGAUGUGGUUGUCCCGACGUCGGGGGGCAGGUACGACGUGCACCUGAAGCAGCGGCAGCGCGUGGCCGUGUACUGGCAGGAGGAGGUGUCCGAAGUGCGUCGCUGCACCUGGUUUUACAAGGGAGACAAGGACAAUAAGUAUAUUCCCUACUCGGAGUCCUUCAGCGAGGAACUGGAGGAAGCUUACAUGAUUGCCGUGACCCUGGAUGAGUGGAAGAAGAAGCUGGAGUCCCCCAGCAGAGAAGUUAUUAUCCUGCACAACCCAAAGCUGAUGGUGCACUACCAUCCUGUCGCCAGCUCCGACGACUGGGUCUCCACUCCCACGGAACAAGGUCGACCCCGGACUGUGAAGAGAGGAGUGGAGAACAUCGCUGUGGAGAUCCCCAACGGAGAGCCCCUGCAGAUCGACCACCUGGUGUUCGUGGUGCACGGGAUCGGCCCGGCCUGCGACAUCCGCUUCCGCAGCAUCGUGCAGUGCGUGAAUGACUUCAGGAACGUGUCCCUGAGCAUGCUGCAGGCACACUUCAGGAAGGCCCAGGAGCAGCAGCAGGUCGGCCGGGUGGAGUUCCUGCCCGUGAACUGGCACAGCUCCCUCCACUCCACUGGUGUGGACGUUGACCUGGAGCGGAUCACACUGCCCAGCAUCAACCGCCUGCGUCACUUCAUCAACGACACCAUCCUGGACGUGUUCUUCUACAACAGCUCCACCUACUGCCAGACCAUCGUGGACACAGUGGCCUCGGAGAUGAACCGCCUGCACCAGCUCUUCAUGCAGAGGAACCCGCUCUUCAAGGGGGGGGUCUCCAUCGCGGGGCACAGCCUAGCAAGGAGCUGGCUCGGGCUCUUCCCCACCGUGACGCUGACGCUCUGCCCGCGCCUGUUCGCAGGGUCGCUCAUUCUGUUUGAUCUCCUGACGAACCAGAAGGCUGACCCCGAGGAGGAGGAGCACAGUGCACAGGGGUCCACGACAACCUCAAGCAAUGGGGGUAUUAAGGAAGUAAAAGAAAUUCUGAAGAACCUGGAGCUGUCUGAGUAUUGUGAUGUUUUUGAGAAGGAGAAAAUGGACAGGCAAGCACUGUUCUUGUGCACAGAGAACAACCUUAAAGAAAUGGGAAUUCCCUUAGGACCAAGAAUGAAGAUACUCCAUUACAUCAGCUCCAAGGCAGACACACAGGAUCAGAGCUCAGCAGCUCCCAGGCACGGCGAGGAGCGCAGAGCUGAGCCGGGGUCCCCGUCACAGCACGACCCAGAGAGCACAGAGGGUGUUGGGAACUGCCAGUACAGGGACGUUGGCCUAGGACAGGUCUCAGCAAACUACCCCCAGCUGAACUACAAGCCCACCAUCUUCUUUGCCUUCGGGUCUCCCAUCGGGAUGUUCCUCACAGUGCGAGGAGUGAAGCGCAUCGACCCGAACUACAGCCUGCCCACCUGCAAAGGCUUUUUCAACAUCUUCCACCCCUUUGACCCCGUUGCCUAUCGGAUCGAGCCCAUGAUCGUCCCAGACCUGGAGUUCGAGCCCAUGCUGCUGCCCCACCACAAGGGCAGGAAGAGGAUGCACCUCGAGCUGAAGGAAGGGCUGACACGCAUGAGCGUGGACCUGAAGAACAACUUGCUGGGGUCGCUGAGGGUGGCCUGGCAGUCCUUCACCCGCGCCCCAGUGCCAGCCCUGGAGGCCAGGAGCACCGACGCCGAAGCAGAGGCAGAGGCUGGCACAGAGAAGCAGCCAGACACAAAGCCAGAGGAGUCCCCUGCAGCAGUGAAGGAAGAGGCCCCGCUCAUUAACGUGGGGAGGCUGAACGGGGGGAACCGCAUCGACUACGUGCUGCAGGAGAAGCCAAUAGAGAGCUUCAACGAGUAUCUGUUUGCACUCCAAGGCCAUCUCUGCUACUGGGAGUCAGAGGACACAGUUCUGCUGGUUCUGAAGGAGAUCUACCAGACACAAGGCAUCACACUGGAUCAGCCUUUGCAAGGAAGCCAGUGACCAACCUGUGCUGUUCUGGCUAUCCAAUUCCACUGAGUACUCACCAGGAAAGUCCAGAUCUCUUCUCUGCCUUCCUCUCUCCUCUGCUGCCGUGUCCUGCAUGCUGCUUCCCAAGUACUUGCUGCUACCUGGAGAUAAGGAUGGAUUUUCCUCCAUUUUGGGUAGGGGUGGUGGGGGGUAAAACUAUCAAGGGAAAACACUUCUGCUCGAACACACACAGAACCCGCAUGGUGACUCCCUGUGGCAAUGUGUACUCUUAACCCUCCACCCUGUGAGCCCCCACACCAGCUCCUCCAGCACUGCAGCACACGAGCUGUCCAGGCUCAGAACCCACCAAGGGGCUGACCCUGCUCCUGGCCCAGUGAGGACACUCACAGCCUGGGACCUUGAGGAGCAAAAAGCCUUAACCACGCAGCCUGGAGGGGGCUGCAGCAGCCUUGGAGCGGGGGAGAUUGCUGACUGCUCACACAGAGCACCCGGCACCAGGACUGCCAGGGCCCAGGCUGCUGCUGAGCCAGCAGGAUCUGUUCACCAGCCCCCCUCAUCUGCACUGCUGCUGCAUGUUUGUGCACCCCUGGGCCGUGCCGGGCAGGUGCCCCAUAAACCACGUCGUGAGAGCGGCAUGUUCGUGCUCCUGCUGUGCUGUGUUGGUAGUGACGUCCCACCACCCUCACCCAGCCCACCUGGCAAACCAGGGGCCUCCCCCCGGUGCUGACCACGCCAGUGCCCAGCUGUACCUGAGGAAAGCUCCACCUCCACGUCAGACUGCAGCCAGGCUGGGGACAGCAGCUGCUCCUGGGCAGUCUGGAGGCCUGGGCCAGCCCUCAGUGCCCUGCAGGGACAGAGCAGCGCUGCCGGCCCGGGGGCUCUCAGGUGGCCACAGGGAUCUUGCGCCUGCCACGCUCCAGUCGUUGUUUUUAGCUUUAAAUGUACAAAAUACAGCCAGCAAAGUCGGAGCCCAGAUCCACAGGGCCUGGGCACAGCAGCAGUGACACCAGCUCUGCAGGCAGCUCAGUCUGCAGCUGCCUUGGAGCCCUGCUCUGAGGGGGACAGGGCCAGAGAGCCCCUGUGCUCCCUCCCUGGCCACCAAACCCCCCUGGGCUGGCUCAGUGCCUGGGCUGGGGCUCCAGUGCUGCGUGAGGUGUUGCUGUGCAGCCUUUAGAAGAGCCAAACCACUUUCCCUCCCGCUGAGUUUUGCCCUGCACGGGGUAAGGAGCCUUCUUCCCACAGCCUGUUGGUUUGUACUGCCCGUUAUUUGCACUACUGGAAGGGUUUUGUUUGCAGCCUCCAUCCCUCCUCCCCUCCCAAGGAACAGAAGCUGUUCUUUACCUGACUGCAGGAACAGCCAAGCUGCUCAGCUGGCACCUGAACUACUGCUGGCUAAAGCCUCCUACGGGAGUAGGAAAAGGAACAGUCUUAACAUGGGACACUAAUGAUCAGCUUUUUAAGUUAUGCACUUUGUUAAAAAAAAAAAGUUAAAUACAUUUUAAAUGUUAUUUAAUGUCUUUUCCAGUAAAAGCCAAAAUAAAUAAGUAGAUGACUGUGGUA